AUGAGUUCGACGUCAUCAUCAAGCUCAAACAGCAUUUUUGACAGUCCUGUGCGUCUAGGAAAAAGGAGAGCCUCGCAAAGAAGUGCAUCCCCAAGCACAAGUGCCACAGAGAGCCCAAUUCGACCAGCUCGUGGCAGAGGAAGGGGCAGAGGAAAGGGCCAAGGUCCGGCUUCCCGAAAAGGCAAAAAAUCUGUUCGGGAAGCUGAUCCAAAUAGGGAUGAAGUUGCCCUUUCUGUCAUUCAAACAAGGAAAGACAGAUUUCGAGAAGAAAUGAAGACCAUGCCAAGGGAACAGCUUGAGGAAAUAAUAUUGGGGAUCCUUGAUGAGAACCCUGGUCUUAUAUUGGACUUUCAUAAGCCAGUUGCCAGGGGUGAAGGUGGAUACCAUCUACCUGAGGGUGCUGAGUCACCAGACUGGUGUGUGUGUGGAAAAUGCAGGGAAAUGCCAACCCAGGCAGAGCGAAUAUGCUGCGAAAAGGAGCCAAGACACUGCUUUUCUCUACUGCCUUUGUUAAUUUCAGACAUCACAGUUCUUGUGCUGGACCUUGCAGUACUGAGACUCGCGAGACUGCAGCGAAGGGACAUUCUUCUGCUGGAUGAUGCAGAUGAAGAGGACCCGCACAAGGCCAACAUACAUGCUGCCUACAGACAAUAUAUACUGUGGGCACAUGGAAGGCUUGGAGUAGGAAACAGAAGAGUUAUACCAUCAUGCUGUGUUUGGGCCAUCAGAGACAAGUACCCUGACCCCUUCCAAAUUUAUGUGGGUUUUGUUCCUGCCCUUCUUGUUUAA